AUGCAGUUGUCGAAAGUGUUACGGAAAUCAAAUAUUUUAUUCCGAGUUGCACAACCUAAAGAUAAAGAGAAAAUAAUCAAGUAUUUGGAUGAUCACUUUGCUAAAGAGGAACCAUGUGCAAGAGCCCUCAAACUCUCUCCUGAAAUGACAAUAAACUCGUUCACAACUACCGUUGACCGAUGUCUCAACUAUCCAUUCUCUACUGUAGUCGUCCAAGAAAACGGAAAUCUUGCCGCCUGUCUUCUCGCUUCUGUUUGGAAUCGAAGCGAUCCCGUUGAAAAUGCGGAUUUCAAUGAGGCGGGAGUUCCGGAGAAUUUGAAAUUGUUCCUUCAAUUCUUGAACAAUGCACACUCAAACUUCUGGAAAAUCGCCCCGCCUGGAGUCCACUCUGUGAUUCAUAGAGAACUCGGAAGUGUUGCUCCAGAAUUCACUCGUAGAGGAAUCGCGACUAAAAUGGUGUACACAAACAUGACGAAAACAAAUCUGAAGAAAUACAACAUAGGUGGUGUCAUUUCGGAGACAACUUCCCUUGCCAACCAGAUUGUUCUUGAGAAAGCUGGAUUCAAGUGUCUGAAAGAGAUGCCAUUCUCAGCCAUAGUCAAUUCAAAAGGAAAUCAAGUUCUUCAUUUGGAUGAUGGAACAACGGCUCUUCGUCUUAAUUACAAAGGGAUCGAGGAUUUUGAAAAUCUGCCAGAAUAA